AGUAGAACUUCUGUAGGAUUUGUAUCCAGCAUCCGGUGAACAUGUUGAGGCUCCUUGUACUUGCAGCUCUCGUCCUUUGCGGACAUUGCGCUGAUGACACCCAGUAUUUGGAGGAUAUGAAUACCCGUGUGGUAGGAGGAAGCAAUGCUGCCAAAAAUGCAUGGCCCUGGCAGGUUUCCCUUCAGUAUCAGUCUGGAAGCAGCUGGUACCACACCUGUGGAGGUUCUCUGAUUCGUGCUAACCGUGUCCUCACUGCUGCUCACUGUGUAGACGCCGCUCGUACCUUCCGUGUUGUCUUGGGAGACCACAACUUGAGCACAAAUGAAGGCACCGAACAGUCAAUCUCUGUGUCCAGAAUUGUAAGACAUGCAAGCUGGAACACCAACAAUGUAGCAGCUGGAUAUGAUAUUGCAGUCCUUCAUCUGGCAUCCAGUGCCACUCUGAACAGCUCUGUGAAGGUGGCUACCCUGCCCGCUGAUGGAACUGUCCUAGCCAACAAUUUUGCCUGUGUUGUUACUGGCUGGGGAAGAACUACCACCGGUGGAUCUCUUCCCUCAAUCCUCCAGCAGGCCCCUCUGCCUGUUGUAGCUCACUCAACCUGCUCCAGCAGCUCUUACUGGGGAAGCACAGUCAAGACCACCAUGGUGUGCGCCGGCGGUGACGGUGUCCGUGCUUCAUGCAAUGGAGAUUCUGGUGGACCUCUCAACUGUUCCGUCAAUGGAGUUUACCAAGUCCAUGGUAUCACCAGUUUUGGUUCCUCCCUUGGUUGCAACACCUACCUCAAACCCUCUGUCUUCACCAGAGUAUCUGCUUACAUCUCCUGGAUCAAUGCUAAUGUCUAAACCAUCAGAAACAUUUGCAGGAAACAUGUGCAAAGACAACAAUACCGUGUGUUUUAAAAAAUACUUGUGGGAUUCUUUUUCUGUAACAGACAUUCUAAUAAAGAUGCUUCCAUAA